UGUGAAGAUACUCGGUGAGUCGUUUUUCUCUGCUAGACCAGGGUCCGAGCCAGUGUGGGCUGCACAUAUAAAUUCUACACAACUGAGAGAGGCGGUUAAUAUUCGCAUAAACUACCUGACUGGAAUCACCAAAGGAAAAGUCGACCGGUGGAUAGUUAAUAACCAGCUGCUGCAUGGCAGAUAUUACGAGGACAGACUGGGAGAUAAACAAUUUUCACAGCAAUUAUUCAAAGCAAUCGGCGCCGCCGAUCCAUUUGCUGAAUUGAUCCUCAAUGAUUUGGACGUUGUUGCUACAGGAAACCAUAAUCUGGGGUAUGUUGACCAGAUCAAUGCCUUCAAAGAAGCCAAUGUUGGACUAAAAGGUGUGGGCAUCAUAGGUCGGUUUGCGGACAAUAUUAAACCAGACAUAACCCUUGUGAAGGGCCGUCUAGACAAACUGGCAGAGACAGGACUUCCUCUAUGGAUAACUGGGUUAACUAUAGGAUCCACCGAUGUUCAUGAGAAGGCAGAUUGCACUCACGUGACACAAUCUCUGACGUCAGGCACUUCUUUCACCGUAAGAGGUUUUCAUGGAGACUACGCUGCGGUGGUGUACUACAAGGGCAAGCCGUUACAGCGAUCUUCAUUCACUCUGGGGAAGGCUGACAGGACCGUCACAAUUGACGUGACUUCAACCACAACAAUUCAGCUGCCACCAAUUGUUGAUCCAUUCGCACCUCAAGACAUUGACUUUGCUACUUCAAGCUUGAACCUGCAGACAAUAGGUCACGGCACUUCCACGUCACAGUCUCAACAGCUCCAGUGUGUUUCUCGAAGAUCAGCUGUGUCUGAAGUAGGAGAUGAAAAGACAGCCACCGUUAGUUGCAACGCUGGAGAGGUUCUUACAGGGUGCUCAAGCUUUUCAACUAACAAUGACUGGCAACGAGAUGGUGAACAAGUGACUUUUGUAAAUGGAAAGGCUGUUUGUACAGCAUUCAACGGAUAUUAUUCUUCUGCAGGUGUCCAAGCAGAAGCACGAUGCUGCAGUCUCAGAACUCUUCAAUGCCGAUACAGAACUGCCGGCCCGUCAGGUACCGGAGAACGGGAUGAGGUCAUUAUUCCCUGCGCAGAUACAGAAUAUCCACUUGGCUGUGGUACAUGGACAUUUGAAGCUGAGUCCGCUGGUACAAUUUUCACAAGUACCUUCUGUGUAGGACAAAAUGAUGAUAUAGUUGUUGGUGUCUAUGGCUUUGCUUCUUGCUGCCAGGCAACUCCAUCCUUGCACUGUAUUACCAUGUAUUCCGAAUUCAGUGGUCCUAAUGUUGGGGAUCGAGCACUACUGACUUGUCCCUCUGAAUAUUCUUUCACACUGACAGGGUGCAACGUGCAUGCGCCAAAUGGAAGAGGUGCUGGAGCGUUUAUUGAAG